UGUUUUUUAUGAUCUUGUCGGUGUGCUGACCAAUGGAGAUUAUGUUCCUGUCAGUGACCUUGAUCAGUUUCAGCAGGUAUGCAUGUGACACUAUUCCAUGUCCAUCAUAAUUAGGCUGUUGAUAUACACUAAAGUAAUAGUGUGCUGGCAAUUAACUUGCAAAUGUUGUCACGGUAACAAGGUAUAGCAAAAUUUGCUUGUGGAACUUUGAAUACUUCAGCGUCACAAUGAACAGCUAUUGGCUAACCUAUAACUGCAUUGCUGAACAAAAACAAGGUAAAUUGAUGUUAUAGAAGUGAGCCUAGCUUACUUGGUUGGGGGAGUGGAAUACAAUCCCACCACCGGGGUUCAAGUACCCGAGGACAUGAAUUUUGGUUUGUAUCCUAUUUAUACCGCCGGGGCCCCUGUUACAGUUUUCCUUCCAAAAAAGGUAAACUACUAAUGUGGAGUUUAUUAUUUCCUAUAAGCGUAUGAUAAAAGCGUGUUGUUAAACCCCUUCAAUCACAGUAGAAUUCAACAUAAGGGGGAGCUAGCGACAACCCCGGUGCACCUAAAGAAAACCCAUAAAAAGACAAAUUCAUCAUAAAAAUAGCAGGGAAAAUAGAAGCAUUUUGCUGGCACCAAUACAUUGCUAUCACACUAAAAUAUUGCUUUUCGAUGAUGUAGAAGCUUUAUAAAGUUAUGAUCAUCAGAUGCUUUGCUGCAGUCCAAAUAAAAGCAAGCAUGUUCUAGUACAUUAUGACGGUGAUGACAUAAAAGAAAGAUUCUGUUACAGCUUAAAGUGAAGAGCAGGAAAAUGUCCGCAUUAAAGAAACUCGAGGAGCGGGAAAAAUCAGGGGUUCUUAUUCCUGAUUAUUUGAUGAUGAAUGGCUGCCCUGUCCGUGCAGUGCCUCUGAACAAUGAUGCAGGUCCUUCCGUACAAGCUAAAAGGACAUCGCAAUAUCCUAAUGACAUAGCUGCACAGAACGAAUUUGGUGAUCGACAUUCAUUGAUUGGGUUCUCACUGGCCGAAGUCCUGUCAAACAAUGACGCUGGUGAUUCGAAGCAAGAACAGACGGUGCAUCAAGGACAUGGUCAGCCCGAUGCUUCUAUGACACAUGCAAAUAUCUUAAAUGAUCAGGGAUCACUUUCAGCACAGCCAACUCCGUUGCACAAUUUUCUACCAGUUCCAACGGAUGAGAUGAUCACAGGUGCAAGUCUAACUGACGAACAGACUGAAUACUUCUCGACAACUGAUUCUCUUGGAAUUAAUACAGGAGACUUGAAGCAGGUGAUCAUAGCAUGUGGUAAGGCUGCUGCAGAGAAUGAUAUACAUACAGAAGUGCUGAUAUCUGAGCUACGUCAGCUGGUGUCUAUCUCUGGAGAUCCAAUGCAACGCCUAGGAGCAUACAUGUUGGAAGGGCUUGUGGCCAGGCUCUCUUUCUCUGGAAGUAAGCUGUAUAAAUCCUUGAAGUGCAAAGAACCUACAAGCUCUGAGUUAAUAUCUCACAUGCAUCACCUUUGUGAGAUCUGCCCAUUCUACAGGUUUAGUUACAUGUCAGCCAAUGGUGCCAUAGCAGAGGCUAUCAAAAGCGAGAACUUCGUUCACAUCAUCGAUUUCCAUAUCGCACAGGGGAGCCAGUGGAUAACUAUCAUUGAGGCUCUUGCAGCGAGGUCUGGGGGUCCACCAUGCCUAAGAAUCACUGGCAUAGAUGACUCAAACUCUGCUUAUGCCCGAGGUGGUGGACUGGAUAUGGUUGGGACAAGAUUGCAUAGUGUCUCUGCGUCGUGUGGCAUGCCCUUUGAGUUCAAUGCUGUUCAUGCUGCUAGCCAUGAGGUUUAUCUUGAGCAUCUUGAUAUAAGGCCCGGGGAGGUCAUUGUAGUGAAUUUCGCCUAUGAGCUGCAUCAUACUCCUGAUGAAAGCGUGAGCACGGAAAAUCACCGGAACAGGAUUAUAAGAAUGAUCAAGAGCCUAUCCCCCAGGGUUGUGACUCUUGUUGAGCAGGAGUCGAAUACAAACACAGCUCCAUUCUUCUCAAGAUACUUGGAGACCUUCGAAUACUAUACGGCAAUGUUUGAGUCAAUAGAUGUUGCUCUCCCAAGGGAUGAUAAGAGACGGAUUAGCACAGAGCAGCACUGUCUUGCAAGGGAUGUCAUCAAUUUAAUAGCGUGUGAGGGUGCUGAAAGGGUUGAGAGGCUUGAGGCGUUUGGGAAAUGGAAGGCAAGGUUUGCAAUGGCUGGAUUUAGGCCGUACCCACUGAGUUCGCUGGUGAACAACACCAUCAAAACGCUGCUGGAUAACUACCACAGUUGCUACAGGCUUGAGGAAAGGGACGGAGUCCUUUACCUUGGUUGGAAGAGUAGAGUAUUGGUCGUGUCUUCCGCAUGGUGCUGA